AAUCAUUUAUUUGGAUAGUCGUUCUUGGGAUCACGGUCUAUAAAUACAAGUCGCCAUAUCAUUUCGCUUUCAUUUAUUUUUGUUUGAUUUAUUAUUUUCUAAUGGCUAAACAAUGUUUCUUAGACCGAAGAAAGUCUUAUGGUUUGAUUGUGGCUGCAUUCGUCCUGGCGUUUAUCAUGCUAAGGUACUUGGAGCUCAUCGAGUUCCCUGCUCAGAACUUCACUGCAUUGUUUGUUUUCAACAACAACUUUCUGGGGCAACAGAAAGAGGAGACACCAGUCUUGUACAACUCUACACAAAAUGAAACUGUCCAGUGGCCAUCAAUGCAAGCUACAGCAUUAACAGUCGAUGAGGUUCAAUCUAAAAUCAACCGAAUUAAGUCGCAGACAAUUAAAGGCAAUAGUAAAUGUACAUCAGUACACAAUGACCUGUACCUGGCCUGGAGGUCGUCGUCCAACCAGUCAGUGGAUACCAGAGCGGACGAUUUUAACAAAUUUAAUUUUGCGUCAAGUUGCGGCGCUUUGUAUAAUGACGAGCUUGUGAAGCCGUUGCCAUGGUCACAGCUAGUAUCACUUUGGGAACAAGAGUACCUGUCAUCGCCACAUGUAAACGACUCCCUAGACAUUGCAUCAGCCAGUACUUCAACCAUAGAACUUAUCACCCCUGUUGGAAUCAAUGGCUCUUUGGUCAUGGGGUCAGAGGUCAAGUUCAAAAUCACUCUGUUUAACGUCCGGAAAGAGCCUCGGAUUCAAGGAGGGGACUUAAUCAACGUCUGGUUGGUCAGUGAUGCUCCCAAAGCGUCCAUCGCGGCUGACGUACUGGACCACAGAAACGGCACAUACACUGCCAUCACGGUGCUCCCAUGGUGUGGCAAGGUGAAGGUUAUGGCGGCAAUAGCUCACCAGCGAGAAAAGUUCCGACUUAUGUUUUAUAUACAGAGAGUCUUCAAGACCACAUACUGGUUCGCUGGGAACUUCCACAGCCCCAACGCCUCUGAGUACACGCCCUGUCUUCCCCACCCCUACAUACCUGGACAUGCAGGCAAUGACGUGUGCAACUUGACGGCCAUGCUUGGGUCACCUUACUUCUGUGGACGCCCAAUCAAAACAGAGUUUCUCAAUGUAAGUGUUUUGUGCUUGUUUAAAGAACGUCGCCUGAACCACGUGGCCAAAGUGAUUGACCAAUCGUGCUCAGACUUCAUCUCCACGAAGAGAUUGAAUGACUUCAGUAAUUUAGCUUUAUCAGAAACUGAAACUUGGUUACUCCACACACCGAGAGAGAAACGACCAUUCUUUAUCUCAAAUAAUAUCUCCAUAACAGUUGUUCCAGCUCAAGCCUCCAACGAAACUGUUUUGAGUUUUUCUAGGUUGAAGUGCAACGAAAGAAAGUUGUCUCUUUCAUUUAAGGACAAUAAUUCGUUUGGGUUUUUCUAUCUCGGAGAAUGGCGACCUUUGACCUGUGACCUACCCAAAUUGAACUCGUCUCAGCUGAGAGAAUGUCUAGCAGACACAAAGGUCAUUUUUUUAGGAGAUUCCAACUCCAGAGCUCAGUAUGACAUUUUAUCUGGACUAGUUGGAUGUCAGGAAAAAAUGAAAAGAAACUCUGGUGUCUGGCACGCUCCAUUGCUUUGUGAGAGCGAGAACAACAGCAUAUCAAUCUCAUACCUACCUCACAGUUUUCCUUUCUUCGGAUCAACGGGUGAAGAACUACCAACUGAACAUGUAUUCUCGGAAACCAGAUUUCUAGAUUCUGUCCCGGCGGAUGCAAAAUAUAUCAUCCACUUUCAUCAUUUCCUCCACCUCGCCCCGUUUCAUUUAGGGCACAUGGAACAUCGUUUGAAACUAAUCCGCGAAGCACUGAAACGUCUGCUGGACAGGAAUCCUCACGUGAUCUUUCUCUACCAAUCAGCGCACAGCGUGUACAUAAGGCAGACGAUGAAUGGGAUUUUUUACGUGGAGCUGCAGAGGCGUAUCCUGGAAGGGCUUGGGGAUAGGGUGAUGUUUGUUUUCACGUGGCCGAUGACUAUAGCACUGGACAACAACGAAGUCCACCCACAUAUAGCGGACAAAUUUACUAAACUUUACAUGGGACAUAUAUGUGGUCGUGCCAAGUUAUAGCAUAUAGUAAGUCUCAACAUUCCUUUCCCUUUGAUUAGAGUUUCUUAAAACUUCCGUGAAUAAAUAAACAACAAAUACUUUUAAUUAAA